AUGAACGAUGAAUUGGAAUAUAUAGUAUCCAGUUAUGCUUCGCUAAAGUUGAACAGUCAUCCAUUAAAAGAUGUUAGUGUUAAUUCACCAGCAAAAUUAAAACCAAUAUCACCUCAUAAACGUUCUACAAUUGUUACAAAUAAUCCUCAAGAGAUCAGAAAAAUUUGUUUCAGCUCGAUAGAUCUGGUACUAAGGAAUUUAAAAUAUGUGAAAUCUAUUGGUUCUUCCUUUUUGAAAUUAGCUUCAUCUGCAUUUGUUCAACUUUAUAAAAUUGACAUACUGGAUAAAAAUAAAGAAAUAUUUAAGAAACAUCAAAGUUAUAUAUUAAAGUUGAUAGAACUGGAAUCUGAACUUCAAUCUGAUUAUUCACUAUCAUUGAAUGAAAUUAAUAUUGCCGCUUUGAAAGGUACACCAGAUAUUGAAUCAGAUACUGUUGGUACUGCACUUUUAAAAUCAUCACAAAUAUCAUUAAAAUUCCUUACAUUACAAAUCUUGUUCAAAAAAUUUCAAACUAAAAACUUUGAAGAUUCAAGUAAUAUAUUAAUUUUUUUCCAAAAUGAUGAAACUAUUUUAGAGAAUUUAUCACAAGCUCAAAAAAUAUCGUUAACAAAAUUGACAUUAUCAUUUAUCAAAUUCUCUACAAAUGAUACCUUUAAGAUUUGUUUAAAUUUGAAAUUUUUACAAUAUUUAAAAACAUUUGAACUUCAAUUUGAAAAUUUUAUUACAAACUCUACACUUGAGAAAGUUUCUAUUGAAUUAUCAAAAGACAUUCAAGGUAUAAAAGACGUUGAAGAAUUGGCUCAAAUAUCAUCAUUUUUAUAUUCAUAUUUACUUUCUGAUCAUAAUGAAACAUUUGAUUCAUCUGUCAAAUAUAUCAAGUCACUAAACCCACAAAAUGAUUUAAAUUGGAAUCUUAUAAUACCAGAUCAAAACAGAUGUAAUAAUUUAUUGAAACUGAUAUCACUGCCCAAAGUUAACAAUGAACUGAUAAACUCUGAACUUCAAGGAUUAGGUAGACCAACUAUAACUCUAUAUGAUGGGUUGAGAACAUACAUUGAAAGUUCUUUACAAAAACCACAAACAGAAAUCAUUGAAAUAUUUAUAUGGUUUUUAAGUCAUACUGAUAAAUUGGAUAAACAAGUCACUAAAGUACUGGAUAAAUUUGUUAUUGCCUCACAGAGUUUUAUUCAUUCUCCACAAUUACUUAAUACGGCGUUUUCAAAACUAAUGAAUAUUUUUGAAAAAAAUAAUCAGUUCAAAAGACUACGAAAUAUUUCGAAUCUAUCUUACAAUAUUGGUUUAAAAUUAGAAUCGCAUAAUGACAUUCAGGAUUUUAUGGAAAGUUGCAUUAAAUGUGAAUUAUUGCUAUAUACAGGGCCAAAAUCACUAGAUGAUAUUUCAACUAAACUUGAAAAAAUCUUGAAAUUUUCUCUAGCUAAAAAUAUAUUGACAGAUUGUCUAUUAUCAUUGAUUUGGAAUGAUAAAUUCUUGGAUAAUUUGCAACCUAAAGAUUUAUUACAUAAACUUGAUACUAUUGAUGAACAUUUUAGCAAUAUUUUCAGUUUCCAUAUACCAGCCAACAAUAUUAUAUCAAAUCUUUCUGAAACAAAUAAAGCAUUGACAUUUGUUCUUAUUUCAAAAUAUAAUAAAUCUUCAAAUCUGCGGAAACUUUUCCAAGAACUACAAUUAAAUGAUCAACUUUUACAAAUGUUCUGUGGGUCAUAUUAUACAGAAAUUCCUUUUGUCAAACCUCAAGCUCCACAAAGUCAACCAGUUAUACAUUCAAGCUCUUUAAUUAAAAGCUCAUACUAUCUUUCACUGGAAAUAAAAUCUAAAUCAACAACAAACAUCAUGAAAAUUCUACAUCUAUAUUUACAUAGUUGGAUACCAAAAAAUAGAGAAACGCUAACGUUAUUUGAACUUCAGUUUCUAGAAAAUUUUGUUCAAUAUUUGAAGUUUAUAAAUUUUCAUAAUGCUCUUCAUGAACUUUUGUUGGGGAUUGAUAAAUACUCAUCACAAGAGGUAUCUGGUUUCAAAGAAUGGUAUUCAAUGGAGAAAGUCACACAUCAUCUUAGUAUGAAGGAAACUGGCCCUAUUGAUAUUAGCGUCUUCAAUUCCAGUCUAGACUCUCAUGGAUUUAUGUCUGCUACUGACGUAUCAAUCCAUCAAUUGGAGCUACUAGUUCUCAAAACCAAGUUCUGUUUACUUAUAGGUGAAGAAGCACAACUUUCAUCUUUAGCAGAAGAAGUUCAAGAAUUUUUAUCUGAAAACAACACACUUAUCAACUUCACAGGUAAGACAUCACUUACAAAAAGACAACUUAUUCGUGUUAUUAUAUCAACUAGUAAACUUCAUCUUGAAAGUGCUAAAUUAUUCAAAUUGUUUGGUAAUCAUAUGGAAGCUUUUAUAUCAGCUAAGACUUGUGCUCAAGUUUCCAAAUCUGCUUUGAAAACAGAAGCUGAAAAUUUUGAAAUUAUUAGUUCACUUUCAUCUAGUUUUAGAUUUUUGAUAAGUACAUUGAUACAUUUAGGAUCAUCAAAAGAUGCUGAUUAUUAUAUGGAAGAGUUCAUUAAAUUUAAUGAGUCUAUAAUAAGGUUCAAAUGUUUGUUUGCUCAAAAUACCUACUUUAUUUGUUAUUAUUACUUUACAAUUGGAAGAUUAGAUGAUUUGGUCAAAUCGAGACAAAUAGCUGAUAAAAUUUUCAAUACCUUGAACCUAAAUGAAGAAGAACCAACUGAUAAUUACAAGCUUGUCUUCCAUUAUUAUCUGGCACAAGUUUAUGAUGUUAAUGCUGAAUUCAAAAUUGAGCUUAGACAACAACUGAAAAAGUUUUUCCAUCAUAUUGAAAAAGAUAGAAGACAAUUAUCAAAUUCUUGGAAAUUAAGAUAUGAAUAUCAUUUCAAUGCUGAAUAUGUUGAUCUUACUAUAAAUAAGACAAAUGAUCCAUAUUUACAUGCUAUGAACUAUAUGAUAAAUGCAAAAAGACUAUUCAAUAGCUCAAAAAGAUCAUUGGAAAUAGAUCCAGUCUUCUCAACAUUAGAAGAUUCUGCUAUGUCAAUUCCUUCAACUAUAAAUGAGCACGAGAAAGUACAAGAUAUGUCCAAUUCAAAACCAAAAUCCAAGACUAUGAGAAAUAUGAAAAAAUCAAUUAUAGAUUUACGUCAUUCCAAAGACUUGAUUCUUAGUCUAUUUUCUGAUUUACAAUAUUUAUCAAAUUAUCAAAUUGAUGACAUCCAUAAAACAUUUGCACUAACUCUUUUAACUCUGUCAAGUAUUUCAAAUAACUAUAAUAAUGAUUCAUUAGAUGAUUUGUACAAUUUAGGUGAACAUCUGAAAAAUAAUCCAUUUGUUAAUGAUAAGAAUUUAAUUGAUGCUACAUCAAGAGUUCCUAAUCUGAUUCCUAAUUUUAAAAUUCAUAGUCCAAGUUCCCUGACACAAGCAUUACUGUCUCAAUCCAAAAUAGAUCAAACCUUACUAGAAAAGAUUCCUGAUAAUUGGUUAGUUAUAAGUGUUGAUGUUUGUGCUUUUAAUGGUGAUCUUAUUAUUUCAAGAUUGACUAGAGACUCUACUGUUCCUUCUGUUUUGAGGCUACCUUUAAGUAGACACUCAAGUCGUACUAUUGAUGAAGAAUCGUUUUCAUUCACUGAUGCAAUGAGAGAUUUAAAUCAAAUUAUUCAAGAAAGCAAUGCUACAACAUCAAAAGAAAGAAUUGCUAGUAUUAAAACUGCAGAAGAUAGACAACAGUGGCAUCAAGAACGCUUUGAACUAGAUGAAAAAUUAGCUGGAUUUUUGGACAAGAUUGAAUAUUGUUGGAUUGGUGGUUUCAAAGGUAUGUUUGACUGUACUAAAAUUGAUAAAUCUAGAAGAGAUCAAUUCAAAGAAAAAUUCCUUUCAAUAUUGAGUCAAAAUAUUCCAUCCAGAAGUCAAAGAAAUCCAAAUACCACAUUCAUUGAACUUGAUGAUUUUAUUAUUGAUCUAUUUUUGGGUCUUGGAGAUCCUUCUGAAUUGAUUAGCACUGAAUUACUUGAAGAUUUAAUAUACUUUGUUUUGGAUAUUCUUUUAUUUCAUGGUGAAGAGAAUGCAUAUGAUGAAAUUGAUAUUGAUAAUAUUUAUGUUGAAGUUGAAACUCUGAUAAAAGAAGAUUUAAUGAUAUAUCCUAACGGGUCAAAAUACACACAUACUGUUUUGAUAACUGGAAAAGAUUCACAGUCUAUACCAUGGGAAUCCUUACCAAGUAUUCGCGGAAUGUCCACUUCAAGAAUGCCAUCACUUAAUAUGUUAUUAAAGUUGUUGGAGAAGAAUGAACGUAUGGUUAUCAAUAAAAGAAAUGGAUCAUUUAUAUUGAAUCCAUCUGGUGAUUUAAAGAAAACUGAAGAAAGAUUUGAAGAACAAACCAAAUAUCUAACAAAUAAAUUUAAUUGGAAAGGUAUUAAAGGUGAACGUCCAACUGAAGCCAAAUUUGAAGAAUUUGUUUCUGAUUCUAAUUUAUUUGCUUAUAUCGGUCAUGGUGGUGGUGAACAAUUUAUAAAGACCACAACCUUGAAACGGAUGACUUCAGCUGCUCCUACUCUAUUAAUGGGAUGUUCAUCUGCCUUGCUCAAAAAUAACAACCUUUUAGAACCUCAUGGUACAAUUUAUUCAUAUUUAGUUGGUGGAUGUCCAAUGGUUUUAGGAAAUUUAUGGGAUGUUACAGAUAAAGAUAUAGAUAAGUUUAGUUUAUCACUUUUUGAAAAAUGGGGUCUUGGUACUGAUAAUAAGGAUUCAGAUAUGACAAUAAGUGAUGCUGUUAGAUUUUCAAGAGAUGAGUGUAAAUUAAGGUAUUUAAACGGUGCUGCACCUGUUGUUUAUGGUUUACCUUUAAAAUUAUUAUAA